GAGUACAAGCAGCAAAAUCAUGAAGCAAGACAAAAAGACAGAAGUCAGGGAGACCGAUGAACAGAGACAAAAAAGUUGGGUGAUGUCAGAGAGUUGAAUGUGGAGCAGCAGAUUUAAGGAAGGAGCAUGAAAGACUACUUGUAGUGUGGACUGUAACAGUGAGGAACUUUUUCCUCCCUGGACUAGUCGUACCCUCACAGGCCCCACCAGAGAGACACAUCCAACCCAGAGACUGUGCGCCAGGCAGUGUUUAAGAAGAUGAACAGAUCUACUUCUAUUAAAAAAGAUGAGGAAACAGCUUCAAAUGGACAAAUGUUUUCCCAAAAUGGAAAAGAUCCUGGAGGGAAACUCCAGGAAGGUGGUGGAAAGAAGGUGGAACUGGGCAAGAAGGUGACCCUGCUGCGAGGAAUCUCCAUCAUUGUUGGGACCAUCAUUGGAGCUGGAAUCUUCAUCUCACCCAAGGGAAUCCUGAAACACUCUGGCAGCGUGGGAAUGUCUCUCACUGUGUGGAUUGCCUGUGGUAUCCUGUCACUUUUUGGAGCACUGUGCUAUGCUGAGCUGGGGACUUGCAUUAAGAAGUCUGGAGGACAUUACACAUAUAUAAUGGAAGCAUUUGGACCUCAGAUGGCUUUUAUCAGACUUUGGGCUGAUCUCAUUGCAAUAAGGCCUGCAGCGCUGGCGGUCAUUUCUCUGGCCUUUGGACGGUACAUCCUGGAGCCGCUCUUCAUGCCCUGCACUAUCCCCCCCAUGGCUGUGAAACUGGCCACAGCCAUCGGCAUAACCUCUGUUGUUUAUCUGAACAGUAUGAGCGUCACCUGGACGGCCAGGAUCCAGAUCCUCCUCACCAUCAGCAAGUUAGCGGCUAUCGCCACCAUCAUAGUCCCUGGGAUGUUCCAGCUCUUCAAAGGUGAGACCAAAAACUUUGAGAAUGCCUUUGAUUUGAGCAAGGUGCAGCUGUCUGGAAUGCCCCUGGCUUUCUACUCUGGGAUGUAUGCAUAUGCUGGUUGGUUUUAUCUCAACUUUGUGACAGAGGAGGUUGACAACCCAGAGAAGACCGUUCCAUUGGCCAUUUGUAUCUCCAUGGCAAUUGUGACCUCCUGCUAUGUGUUGACCAACAUCGCUUACUACACUGUGAUGUCAGCAGAGGAACUCCUGGCCUCAGAGGCUGUUGCUGUGACAUUUGCAGAGAGGCUAUUAGGAAACUUCUCGGUUGUUGUCCCGGUGUUCGUGGCCUUGUCCUGUUUUGGUUCCAUGAACGGCGGCCACUUUGCUUUGUCAAGAAUGUUCUAUGUAGCGUCACGUGAAGGACAGCUUCCUGAGGUCCUGUCUAUGAUCCAUGUCCGCAGACACACUCCACUGGCUGCUGUCCUUAUACUGUAUCCCAUGACCAUACUCCAGCUGUUUGUGGGGGACAUUUACAGCCUUCUUAACUUCAUGAGCUUUCUGCGGUGGCUGUUUAUUGGUGUGGUGGUUCUGGGUUUAAUUUACCUCCGAUAUACCAAACCAGAUCUCCCCCGACCCUUUAAGGUGCCGCUCUUCAUCCCCGUGGUUUUCUGUUUGACAUGUUUCUUCAUGGUCUUCCUGUCACUGUACUCAGACCCGUUUAACACAGGGAUUGGAUUCGCCAUGUCCCUUACUGGCAUCCCUGCCUACUACAUUUUUAUUUACUUCACCAGACCAAGGUGGCUUCAAAAAGCUUUAGAUUCUUUCAACAGAACGAUGCAGAUCAUCCUGGAGGUAGUACCUGCUGACCAGUAAAAACGGACAGUUUCAUUUCAGCUGAGGAAUGAUGAAAGAUAUGUCUUAUGUCAGAUAUAACUGAGUUAAGAUCUUUCUGUAGAUGUUUGACUUUACGUUUAUCAUUUUGUAUUUUGUAUUAUGUUUUAGUUUAGAGUAAAAAAGUUGUCAGUAAUCAUGUGAUAUUAUAGGACCUUUUAUGCACUGAAACACAAUAAUUGCUAAUGUUUUUUUUACAGUACUUAUUAGAAUGAUUUAUCUCAGAAAUUAGCAAUAUAAACAGGAAGUCUAAAUAAUCACAUACUCAUAUUUUUAUUUAUUAGUUUUAUUGAAAAUAAAUGUCUUAACAUGAAGAUUUUCUCCAAGCAAUUGGUCAUCAUAACUCCCAAUAAAAGCGUAUGAACAUGGAGAAUUUUCUCUGUCAUUUCUGAAAACUUUAUUCACCAGUUUGAAACUCAUGUCUAUGUGUAGUUGUGUGUCUGUGACAUUUUGUUAAUAUUUGUUUAAAAUGUUUCUCGCACUUGCCUUAUUUUCCAGACACUCUUUUAUAGUUUAGCUGGUCCUGCAACUUACAGUCAGGCGUGACUUAUACAGUAUGUGUUUUAUUUUCACUUCAUGAUGCAUUUUUUUGAUUGAUGAAUUGAACGUGAAUUCAUACUGAUUGACAUGAAGCAAGGAGGAAACAUUACUGUCUGCUUUCACAAGGAAAGCUAGUUGGCUAGAGCUGCAGGAACGAGUCCCAGAUGCUUGUAGAGCUGCUGGGAGAGACAGGACAGCUGUGUCUCCACCCCUGCCUCGUUGCCAAGGAGAUGAAAAUGAAUAACUUUGCAAGCGGGCAUUCUUGGUGUUACCUGCAUCUUGCAAUCCAAACUCUUCUCUAUCAGAGCACGGACAUCAGUCCGUCAGAAACUUCCAACAGAUUCCAAGCCAAAGUUGACAUUUUCUGAGUUUGCUGAAAAGCAGGAGACUGAACACAGCAUGUCACUGGAUCAAACGUUCAACACGAACAAAGCCCACCUCAUGUUGGACAAGUUAUCCAUAAAUAAAAUGGAUGGUUUUUCCUCUU